AUGACUUUGAUGAGUUAUGCAAUGAGAAGGGAGAUAAUUAUGAAUUCAGAAGGAUGGCAAGCAGAUGAGGCAGCAGUGGCAGCUAAAAAGAUUCUGUGUCCUCUUGAGAAAGACAAAACCAAAAGACCAUCCCAGAGUAAAGAUGUAGCUGUAAAACGAGCAAUAAAUCCAAAAAUAAAACAGCUAACACCAACGUUUGAUACUCUGGCAUACCAAGACCUGUUAGCUAUGGUGUAUGCAACUGAAGAAGUCAAUAUAAAGAGCAAAUUACUGCAAAAUGUGUCACUUGGUUUCUUGAUUUAUGACACUUGUUCUACAGAGGUCACUGCAAUUGAGAAUAGUCUGGCAUUGCUAUCAGCUCAGCAAACACUGUCACCAAAUUAUGUAUGCCAGAGCGAGUCAAAGAUCAGUGGAACUACCGGGGAAUUUCUGUCUUAUGUGUCCCAACCCAUAGCGGAGCUCUUGGGGAUAUUCAGAUUUCCACAGAUAAGCCAUGGCUCUGGAGCUCCCUUACUAAGUGACAAGAUUCGGUAUCCCAGCUUUGUAAGGACAAUCCCAAACACUUACUUCCAGCCUUAUGGCCUGGCUCAGAUCAUUGUCCAUUUCUCAUGGACAUGGAUUGGAAUUUUAUAUGCUGACAAUGAAUAUAUCAUACAGCAAAGCCAGCAGCUUAAACAAGAGUUAGCCAUGUUUGGAAUCUGUGUGGCCUUCUUCGAAAUGCUGCCAGCAAGCGUCCCUAGAACUAAGGUUCUUGUUAUUGCUGAUAUGAUUCAAAAGUCAACAGCUAAAGUUAUCGUACUUUAUGUUUAUGAAGCUCAGCUCAGUGCAGUUCUUGAGGAGCUGGUUAGUCGGAAUAUCACAGACAGAGUUUGGAUCGGUGCCAGGAGCUGGAUGUCACGAUCCUUUACUUCCAAACAAGUGAUUUGGAAAUUAUUAACUGGAGCUGUGGGUUUUGCCAUGUUUAGUGGCAGGAUUCCAGGCUUUAAGGAAUUUCUUUAUAAUGUCCACCUAAACCGAUAUCCUGAUGACAUAUUUAUAAAAAUAUUCUGGUCAAAUGCUUUUGGAUGUAAGUGGCCAAGUAAUAAAACAAAUUUAAAUUUGGCAGAGCAGCAAACGACAGAUAAUUCACAGAUGUGUACUGGGAAUGAAAAGCUGACCACUCUAAACCCUGCUGUGUAUCCAGUGGAUGAAUUCCGAUAUUCUUACAACAUGUACAAUGCUAUGUAUAGCUUGGUAUACGCGUUAAAGAACUUACGUGAUUGUAAAACUGGGGAAGGAUCAUUUGUGAAUGGAAGCUGUGCAGACAGCAAGGACUUCCGUACAUGGCAGUUCCUCCACUAUGUGAAGAAUGUCCAUUUUAAGAACUCUGCUGGAGAUGAGAUAUUUUUUGAUGCGAAUGGGGAUAUACCAGUUCUGUGGGAUGUUUCCAACUGUGUUUUGAACCCUAAGGGUUACUUGCAGUACAUUCGGGUAGGAUACUACACACCUUAUGCUUCUCCAGGUAAACAGCUUAUUCUCAACGACAGUGCCAUAAUGUGGGCUAAGGGCAUGGGAAAGAUCCCUCGUUCUGUGUGCAGUGAGAGCUGUUCCUUAGGCUUUAGAAAGGCCACACGUCAGGGAGAGCCUGUCUGCUGCUAUGACUGUGUGCCAUGCUCUGAGGGAGAGAUUACCAACCGGACAGCUGACUCAAUUGAUUGCCUGAAGUGCCAGGAUGAUCACUGGACAAAUGCUGAGCGAGAUGCCUGUGUUAAGAAGCUUGUGGAGUUCAUCUCGUAUGAGGAACCCUUGGGAAGUACACUGGCUGUCAUUGCCAUAAUCCUGUCAACAUUCCCAGCUUCUGUAUUAUGGAUCUUCAUCAAAUUCCGGGACACACCAAUAGUGAAAGCAAACAACAGGGGUCUCAGUUACAUAUUGCUUAUUGUUCUCAUGCUUUGCUUUCUCUGUUCCUUGUUAUUCAUUAGUCCAUCAAACAGCAUAAGCUGUUUGCUACGACAGGUGGCCUUCGGGAUAUUGUUUUCCAUUUGUGUUUCUUCCAUUUUGGCAAAGACUAUAACGGUGGUUAUUGCUUUUAAUGCUACAAAGCCAGGAAAUAAUUUACGGAGAUGGGUGGGUACAAAGACCCCUGUUAUAAUAGUCUUGUUUAGCUCAGCAGUACAGGUCUGUAUAUGUGCAGGUUGGCUGGCUACAUCACCCCCCUUCCCAGAAAACAACAUGAAAUAUUACAAGGAGAAAAUUGUCAUUGAGUGUAAUGAAGGCUCCAUUGGAAUGUUCUACUGCAUGCUGGGUUAUCUAGGCUUCUUAGCAAGUGUUAGCUUUAUUGUUGCUUUCAUGGCUAGGACACUACCUGAUAGAUUCAAUGAAGCUAAAUUUAUUACAUUCAGUAUGCUGGUCUUUGUCAGUGUCUGGCUAUCAUUUAUCCCUGCCUACCUAAGCACUAAAGGUAUAUAUGUUGUAGCAGUGGAAAUAUUUGCUAUUUUGUCUUCAACUGCUGGGUUGCUUAGUUGCAUUUUUAUACCAAAGUGUUACAUUAUAUUGCUAAAGCCUGAAUUGAAUACCAAGGAAGGGUUUAGAGGGAAAACAACUUAGUUACCAACGUGAGAUGCGUUAGAUAUUAUGCUAUACAUAUACAAUGACCGGUGCUAUUAUUUGGUUCCUUAUUGUUGUGCUGAGGUGUAAACCAUGAAAUACAAUGGCAUCAUGAAAUAUACUGAGCAUACAAAAUUAAUAUAUAACAUUGAAGAUAAUGUAUCUUAUGCUAGAGUGUUUUUACUACAUGUGAUAUAUAAGCAAAUUUAUCAUCUUACGUGAGUUUCAUAUCUGCAAAAUUAAAGUAUAAGUUGUAGGCUUGGUUGUCAAUGUCCUGACUUUACUGAAGUAUAAGCAAAGUGACCUGAGGCUGGAUUCAUAAAGGUGCUGGCAGAGGUCAGCAUCACCCAUCACUGGAGUGGGCUUUGGUGUGAAGUGGGGCUGGGCACACCCCAUAGCUGGAUGAGGCAUUGCCUUGCCACUUCCCCUUUUUGUGGGUUCCAGUAAUGUUGCUAGAUGAUGCUAAGAAAUGCAGAAAUACAUGAGAAGUAUACUGAAAUUAGACAUGAAGUGCUAACCUACAAGGUGAAUUUUUUGAGGCCACAGAUCACUUAAUGAGCCACUGACCCCAGGAAAUCUGAGACUGCAGAUAUGUGAGGAUAGGGUGCAGCUCUGGUACAAGCUCAACAAAUAGCCAGGUAUGUGAAAUUUUCUUUUAACAAACACAAAACAGAAAUUGUAAAGUAUGCACAAACGAUUUCUUUGCACAAUGCAGCUGCACCUAAUGCAUAAAAGUGAACUGGCACACCAGACAGCUUGAUAUAAGAUGAUGAUCUGCAAUGAAGCCCUGAAGAUCAGCAUUGCAAAAUUACUUUUGUGGACUGUCAGGGAUGCAGAGUGGAAGCUGCUGAUCUGCAAGCCGCAUAAGCAA